AUGUUGAUUCGAGCCGAACUUGUUUCGGAUCAACCGGUUCGGUCGGGUUCGGUAAAUCUUCGAGAAAGCUUUACGAAUCAUCGAACCCGGUUCGAGGGCAGUGGGACCACCGACCUAGAAAUCCUGUCCCCUGAUAAAACCCUCGGUGGAUUCAUCGGACAUCGAAGCCUCUUUCGCUCGCUGGUGGAGGUCGGGCGGCGCCGCAGACGCGUGGCUUCAAUUCCUCUUUACCUUUGUGUGUCUGUGGUUCCUAGGUACAAGCCAGGGCCAGAUUUCGAAGAAGACACGAAGACUCCUCUGGUUGAUGUCUCGUUGACGGACUCGACGGAGCUUUGGCUCAUCCAGUGGCCCAUUAAUCAAUUACAACCUGCUGAUUUCGACGGGAAAGAGCUAACGCUCAAGCUCAAUCGAGAUGGGAAGCUUGGCAGCUUCGAGAGUGCAUCUGGUAAGUCUUAUGAUUUUGUGAGCUUUGCUGCACAUGAGCCGGAUGCCACCGUUUUUGUACCCUCUGGAUCAGAGACGAAAGUAGUUGGGAAGAUUUCUCGCAGAGUCUGUCUGGUUCAUUAUCCAGAGCCUGGUGAACUGGAGAAGACUCGAUUCAGUCUAAGCAGUCAGAGAACUGAGGGUGGUUCAGUUCGAAGAAGCAUCUCUCGUCCUUCUGUCACUCCACUGAGACAUGGAAGCUUGCUAGGAACGGAAGGAACUUCUCAUGAUACCUUCACCUCUGUAUAUAACCCUGAAGAAAGAAGCAUGGAAACUCCAUUGAAGUCCAGGAAGAGACAUGCAGCUAGCACAGCACCUUCAGAGAUAUCUGCAAGGUCUGCUGACCGUUCUUCCCAUGCUUCAGGUCCAGAAAGUGAGAUUACCAAUAAUUCAUUAACAUCCGAGAGAUCUCAUAGGGAGAAAUCGAAGAAGAAGAAGAUCAAAUUGGAGGAGUAGUGAUUUUUGUUUAUUGCUAUAAAGCUGCAAAGCAUUAAAAUUUCUGCUACUGCUCUCUGAAGCCACUAUCAUCUUGUGUGUUUUGCAUGAUAUGAGGGUUUCGGAUCUAACACAAACAUUGUAUUUUCCAAAUUACUUGCCGCUCAAAGUCGAUUAUAGUUACGACAUUAAUUGUACUUUUUAGCAGCAACCAAAA